CAGCUGCUGUGUCCAGCUGGUCGCAGCACGAGGUCGUCGUUUCGGAAACAGAGAGCUGGCGUACGGAUAAAACAGGCCUGCUUUUGAGCAGCCUGUUUUUGCAAAACCUAACUAACAUGGUGUGAGAAAACCAAAAUGCAGCCCUACCCCACCUAUCUCUCCAGCCACCACAUCACUCGACUGGUCCAUCACACCAGGGGCCUAGCAAGUGCUCUCAAGCUGGCUGAGAGUCACAUCUGCCUGCAGAAUUGGGGUGCAGGAUCCUCUGGCUUCCCCAGGAGCCCCAUCUGGGCGGACUCGCUGUAGGAAGCACAUGGUGUGGAAGCGGAUGUUGAAUGUGCCAAGGUCAGACCCAGGAAGAUUGAAGCUGUAUAAGCUUCUUGCCGUGGAGACAGUAUACUCAGAGAGAGGAGGCAUGCUCCCCCAGAGUCCUGACUGGCUUCGUAUCGAGUAGUUCCUGAUCAUUGCCCCGGUCACUCCGUGACAACAAGGCAUGGAAGCAUUACUCAUUCACAGAGCAAGGUGGUCAAAAAAGCAGACCUGAUAAAUAAAAACAUGGUUCACCAGGUCCAGGCAGAGAGAGAUGCAUUGGCUCUCAGCAAAAGUCCUUUCAUUGUACACUUAUACUACUCACUUCAGUCAGCUAACAAUGUGUACUUGGUGAUGGAAUAUCUUAUUGGUGGAGAUGUCAAAUCUCUUCUCCACAUAUAUGGCUAUUUUGAUGAAGAAAUGGCAGUGAAGUAUAUUUCUGAAGCAGCACUGGCUCUUGAUUACCUUCACAGGCAUGGGAUAAUCCACAGGGACCUGAAGCCAGACAACAUGCUAAUUUCUAAUGAGGGCCAUGUUAAAUUGACAGACUUCGGGCUCUCCAGAGUUACUCUGAACAGAGAGAUAAAUAUGAUGGAUAUCCUUACUACACCAUCAAUGGCUAAGCCUAAACAAGAUUAUUCGCGCACUCCAGGACAAGUGUUGUCUCUCAUCAGCUCUCUGGGUUUUUACACUCCAAUCAGUGGGAAAAUGCAAGGACCUAGUUCAAGUCCCAUGUCUGCUGAUGGUUUGCAACUUUCUCGAGAAUUGGUUUCUCCCAUGUCUGUUGGCCAAAAGGAUUAUACUCCUGUUUCAAAUAAACUAUUGAAAUCAUGUCUUGAUGUUGCUGCCUUAAAUCUCGGGAUGCCAGUGAGGAGUUUAACUCCAACUCUCCUUCAAUCUAGGAAGAGAUUUGGUACCUCCAGUGCCAGUAGCCACUCACAUACACACAUGUCCAGUAUGGAAUCAGAAUGCUGUAGCAGCCCCAGGUGGGAGAAAGAUGUACAGGAAACUGACGAUAUACUAUGUUCUGGAACAGGCAAAACAAAGGAAAAACUUUCUAAUACGCGAUUACUGGAUGCAAAAGACAGUACAGCCUUAAAAAAGAAGGAACUUGAGUUUGCCAUCUCUCCCAUUGGUAGCAAUGACUCUGGCUGCAGGCAUGAUGCAAAAAUUGAGCAUUUUGAUGUAGGGGACACUCCUGUGACUGCAUCAGAUGUGAAAGAUCUAGUCAGAAAAUGUCUUUCUGAAAAUAAGGCUUGGGAAGAAAAACUUGUGGAAAGAACUGGUGUGGCUAAUGAGACAGGAAAAUCUUCCAAUCGCCAGCAGUUAUGCUCAUGGUUGGUUGAUCCUGCCAAAUGCAUCAAAGAGGAGGACAUUCUUGAAAAGCCAGGUGUAAAAAGAAGCUUUGAACUAGUUGACACCAGUCCUCUUCAAGAACUUAACUAUGUCAAAAAAAGCAAUGCAGAAUAUAAACGCGGCUGUCAAAUCUCAGAAUUUCAGGGAAACCAAAGCACAGGUUUAACAACGGAAAUCCAGUGUUUAAUGCUUUCUGGUGAUAGAGGUCUACAGGAGACUCAAAAAAAUGAAGAAAAAGCUAAGGAUUCCAUCUAUAGGCAGCAAACAUCAGAAAAGUCAGCCACUCCAAUAAUAGCUAAGAAUCUUAUGCAUGAGCUAAAUGCAGAUUGUGAAAAAGACGGUAAAAAGGAAUAUAUUAACUCUAGUUUCUUAUGCAUUGAUGAUGAAAAACCUCUCGGAAUCUUGAGUGCAGACUCUGAUUUAUCCUUCCCUGAGAUUUCUGUUACAGAAAGCCAUUUAGAAAAGCAGCUUUCAGACCUAGAUAAGAGCAUUAAAGAACUUUCCUUUGAGGAAUCAAAAACUGAGGACAUGUCAGUAAUGUUGUCCUGUUGUCAAGAUGCCUCACCAAGAGGUGAGGAAGAGAAUGUUGUCCAGGACAGCAAGCCUUUUUGCCAUGAACAGGAUAACGUCCUGAAAUGUUUGGUUGAAACUCGUACUGACAUAAUCUCUUCUCCCUCAGAGGAGAUGAUGAAAACAUUGAACCUCCUUAAAAAAAAUGUUGUAGCUUUUCGAAGUUAUAACAGUCCAAUUAAUGUGUCCAAUGCAUCUGAGCCAUCAAGAAUUAGCAUGGCUUCUUUAGAUGUAAUGGAUCUCUCUCCUGCUUGUAGUGGCUCUUACCCCAUGGCUAUUACCCCAGCACAAAAGGGAAGAUCUUAUAGGGUUUAUCAGACACCUAAUCAGGGAAAUGCUGACACACCAUAUAGGACUCCAAAGAGUGUAAGAAGAGGGGCUGCCCCAGUGGAAGGUGAACGCAUUUUAGGAACCCCAGACUACCUGGCACCUGAAUUGCUAUUAUCAAAGCCUCAUGGUCCUGCAGUAGAUUGGUGGGCUCUCGGAGUUUGUUUGUUUGAGUUUUUAACUGGAAUUCCACCCUUUAAUGAUGAAACACCACAACAAGUCUUCCAGAAUAUUUUGAAAAGAGAUAUUCCUUGGCCUGAGGGUGAAGAAAAGUUGUCCAGUAAUGCCCAAAAUGCAAUCGAUAUUCUUUUAACCAUUGACACUACAAAGAGAGCUGGAUUGAAGGAGCUGAAACAUCAUCCCCUCUUUCAUGGUGUAGACUGGGAUAAUCUUCAGAAUCAAACUAUGCCUUUCGUACCUCAGCCGGUUGAUGAAACAGAUACCUCCUACUUUGAAGCUAGAAAUAAUGCUCAGCAUCUGACUGUAUCUGGAUUUAGCUUAUAGAAUGGAGAAAAUGGAUCUUUGUCCAUGGUUUUGCACAUUUGUAAACUACCCUUUAACACUAGUUUGGUCUUGGUUUUCUUACCAAACAUAGUUUUUAAAACAAUUGAUCAGUCUGCUUUUAAUUUGUGUAUCCUUUGUUCUAAAACAAAACCACUAUACAAAAUGUUCAUUAAUUCCAAAUGGCUUCUUGUUCUUUUUAUUUAUCCUUCUUUCUGCACCUUAUUGAGAGCCUGAGUAUGUAUUUGUAAAGUUAGUAAUGUCACUUUCACACUUGACAAAAUAUUUUUCUUGCUGCUGUGGAGUACUUCCAAUUUGUUGGGGCUAUUUUGCAAUUAAAUACAACUGAGUUGGGGCAUAAAAUGCAUUAUUUAUCUGUCUGGGGUUCAAUAUGUUCAUAGUCACAUUUGGGAUAGGAGCUUUCAGACCAAUUUGGAGCUGCAUCCAUAGUGAAAAUGGAAGUUUUUUAGGUCUCAGGGCAGUGUAAAAACAUCUUAUUCCUCUGAAUUACUCCUUAGUGGGAUGAGAAAAGAGAUGUUUUUGGCAUCCUUAGGUCACAUACACUGCCUGCUCGGCUGCUGAGAUAUCACUGUUGUAAAACUUAACUGUAUUUUUACUGCUAACGUUUUUCCCCUGGCAAAUGCACAGAGUUAAGGAAGCUUAUAGCAAAUUAAAAAAAACAAAUAGACUUUUUGUUUAAAUUGUCAUACUAAAAAGACUUUGAAUGUGUUAUGGGAUGAUAGACUGAACAGUAUUUAUUUUAGUGACUCCUUGAUUAUUUUAAAUUUACAAGAUCUGAGUAUAUAUAUAUUUGACUUCUUUUCUGUGUCUCUGCCAGAUGUUAAAAAAAAAAACUUUGCUAAUGAAAACAUGAAUUAUGUAUAUUAAAGUCUAUAUAAUGUAUUGCAAAUUGAUUAAUUUGAGAACAUCAUAAGUUCAAUUUCAAUAAAACUUGAGUUAAAAUUAGGACUUUCAGUAUUAAGCAUUUUAAUGAGGGAUCUAAGCUGUAUUUUAAUAUAUUGGGAAAAUACAUAGAGAUUAUCUACUGCAUUGUGGAGAUUGUUACGUUUCUGAUAAUGCCUGAUUUUUGUCUCUGUUAAAACUGUUUUCCUUUACCUUAGAUGGGAAUCACCAUUAAACAAAAUUUCUUUCUUUUAGUGCUUAAAAUUUCAUUCAAUUCCUUACAAGGUUUUUAGUUUCCUGCUUCAAUGUCUGCUGUGGUGGGGGCGGGGCGGAAGGUUCAUGCUGUACUAUGGUGUAAUCCGCCUACUGUAUCCUAAAACUGAUCACUAUGCUAGCAGUCAUCGUGUGGCUUUUCAGGGCAUUGCAUGGAAUUGACAUUUCAGACAAAGCAAGUGGAUUGAUGACCAUUCAUUUCCCAUUCUUCCUGGCAUACAAGGCUAGUGAAUGCAGCAUGAACUAAUCUAGAGUUGCCAAACUUCCUGCUCCAAAUAGCCAAGAAGGGUGUGAGAGAGAAGAAUCACCCUAUAUUUUGUCCCAGAAGCCACACAAGAGAUCAGACAGUUGCAAAAUGUCAUAAAAUUACAAUUGUCAAGACAUGUUUGCAUUGUAAUUUACUGGGGACCUGUGAAAACAUGGUAUGAUGAACACACAUUGGAAUGUUGGGAUGUCAGAAGCCACACUAGAGUUCGUUGCAUUGAUUGAAAUGUCUCCCAAUUUCUGCAUAUUUGCAGAUCACUGAAUCUAGUUUGUGCAUGUAGCAGCAAUUUAAAUAGUGACAAUUUUCUAAAUGUUGAAUAUAGUAGGUAUUUAUUACUUCACAUGAUUAACAGAGGACUAUUUCUGACAGUGAGCUAAAAAAGCUGCAGAUCAUAACAGGUCCUUUAUUGUAAGAGAAAUGUAGCAUUUGUAGCCAAAUAUCCCAAACAAAUCUUAACCUGAGAUGAAGUACAGCAUCUGAAAAUGUCAUGAGAGUAGUUUGGCUUUUCAGAAGUUAGGUGUGAUAAAACUAGUCUUUUAAUGAGAAAUACAGCUUUAUGAUGCACUGUCAUCUCUCAAUAAAAGUCUAUUAGCAAACUGUUCAAGUUGAGCACCAAAACUAAUUUUUUAGUGUUCAGCUAUUAAUAGAAAUUGAAAUAGGAUGUAACUAUCUAUUAGCAUAAUUAGUUCAUGCUGCUAGCGAGGGUUUUGGUUUUGUUAGGAUGUUCUGAAUGCACCAGCUUAUAUUCAUCAAGAAAAUAUUUAACAAACAAUACCAAGAUUGUCUAAUUUAUAAAGAAUCACAAAUUGAUAUGAGCUUUUAUUUAAAGACCUUUCAAAUUAAUUACAAUGUGCAUUAUGAACUACAGAAUUAUUUGAAGUGUUUAAUCAUCUUUUUACAUAGUCUAAUGCAUUAAUAUAAAACUAGAAAUCAAACCACUGUAAAACAUGUAUAAACAAGAACCCUAGUAUCUAUCCAUUCUGUUUCAAAAACUAUCUCAAGGAACCUAAUUUAGAAGUUUAUAUAUGUUACUAUAAUAAAGUCU